AAACCAAGUGAUUUAAACCAUUAAAUCAGGUGGAAGUGCUUGAUGAAGUUUUUGAGAUUAUCCAUUACCAGCUAAUAUAUUUUUGCCUCCCUAAGUAAUAAUUCAUUCAAGAAAAAUUUGCUCUGUGCCAAACAUUGGAGGAAAGGAUUUAAAAAGCCAAAAGGAUAAAAACAUUUGUAUAUAUAGGCAAAAACAUGUUUUAUUAAACGUGUGUUUAUUGUACACAUACUGAGUGCUGGAGAUAUACAUAUAAUUGAUAUUAUGGUUCCUGCUCUCAUGAAGGUCACAGUCCAUUUGGCAAGACAGAUAAACUAAAAAUUAAAGUUACAGUAUAUUAGAAAAUAAGUGGUAUAGUACAAGUGAGCAUUAUGCAAUAUGGAAACAUACCAAAGGAAACAUUAGAAGGAAAUCUAGGAAUACUUCCCAGACAGGAUACCUGAAUCUUGAUGGUUUAGUAGAAGUUAAUAGAACAAAGAAGGUAUAUUUCACAUAGAUGGAUUGAUGUUGCAAAUUUAAGAGUGAGAGAAUACAUGGAGGUCAAGGAACCUCAAGUAAUUAAAUGAGGCUAGGAUAGAGUCACAUAAAGGUAUUAGCAAGAUAAGAGGCCACAUAGGCGGGCAAAAGACAGACUUCUCAAAAAUUGAGAUUUCAAUCUGAAAUUGCUAUUAUUUUUAGCAUGAAAGUGAUAUAAAUUUUAGAAAAAUCACUCCGGAUGCUACUGGAAAGCUACAGAUUUUAAAUUAUAUUUGGAAGUUCUUUGCAAGAUAAGGAUACAUAGAAUUAAGUGAAAACAAAGUUCAAAAAUUAUUCACAUCUGUACAACUUGGUUCUUAGUUUGGUAAAACCAUAAAUUAGGUUCUUUGUAUAAUUGUGUUACAUUAGUAGAAUAUCAUAUUCUUAGUAUAACCCUGAACUGAUCAAAUACAAGGAUUUGAAAACUGUUAAUUGUUGGAAAUGCUGUCUGACCUCCCCUUUGCCUCAUUGACUAUAUAGUGUUCAUCCUGUUUGUAUUAAAUCAGAUGAUACCACUAAGUGGUGGCAUUUAGUGUAGCCAUGGUGUAUUCUGGGUUGCCUGACCCUACCUCUAGUGCUGGGUUUAUAGUUAAAAGAACAUAUAAUGCAAAAGGAAAAGAGAAUGAAUCUCAAAAGCUGUGUAAGAUUUUGAGAGGUUGACAUGUAAAAGGAGUUCAGAAGUUGGAAAGUAUCCUUUCCUGAAUCGCCUCCUACAUUGUAAUCUACCUUUAUCUUCCUCUUGCUCACAUAAAAUUUGAUAUCUGCUGAAAAUGGCUUGUAAAUGACACUAAGGUCUUUAUAGUCUACUCUAAACAUUUUUAUUUGCUUUCAUUGCCUAAGAAUUAAUUAUAUAAUAACAAAUUCCAUGAUAUUAUAAACAAUUUCCCUUUUGCCUUAUUAUGGGUACUAGACUACCAAUUUGAGCAGUAUUAUUUUUAUUACAUUGAAAAUACCAAAAUAGAUGUUAUGGUUACUUACGUAAACCUAAAUUAAUUCAUAAUUGAAACCACAAAACAGAACAUCAUAAUUUAUUUCAAAAAAUCAAAUAUGCUUAAUUUUGAAGUUUUAGUCAAACAGUACAUGGUAUAUAGACAUAGUUUAUGGCAUGCCAGUUAUUGGCAUGAACCCAGCAGGUUGAACUUUUCAUAGCUACCAAGACUGUUUAAUCCCAGACUAUUAACCUAACUGAGUGGUAAGCAAGCUGUGAAAAACUUUGACUCCCAAGACAAAUGUCUUCCUGCAGUAAAAAAAAAAAAAAAAAAAAAAAAAAAAGAAAAGUAUAUGUCAGUCAUUACAUAUUCUAUUUAAUGACUCUAGACAUCUAAUUCAUAAAGUAAUAUUGGGUUCUUAAUAAAGAAUAAUAACAUUGGGUUCAAAUUAUAUGGUAUUAUCAACUUAAAAUUAUUCUAUCUUGAGAUAAAGUGUUACGGAAAAACUGUACUUCUGGCAUCUAUUUUAUUUUAACUCCUAAAUUAUUUCAUUCUGAAUAGAAAGGAGAUGGAGAAUUAACUAAUUCAUAGUUUUAAUCUUGCCAAAAAGGAAAAUUGAAUUGUCAUGAUACUGAAGAACUGGAGGAAGUAGGAACACACUUAGCCAGAGUUCACAUAACAAAAGUUAAGUUUCCUCAGGCUCAGCGAAUCUGUACUGUCCCUUCUAAAAUUGGUUGACCAAAUGGAAAAUGUAAAGGCUGCUCUUUCAUAAGGAAUUGACAAUGGAAGCAAUAAAUACCUCUUUAAAGUUAAUUUCUUGCUUGCACUCUAUCUCAGUUUUUACCUACUCAGGCUAAUUUGCAGGUGCCUGGGAUGAGUAGACAAACCAUAAUUUCUACCAAUCAAGUAAAAGAAGGAAAGAAAACUCUGAGCUUCUCUCCCAUUUAACAGUGUUUGAGCAACACUCCUCCACUUACUGAAUAUUUCCUCAAUGAUAAGUAUCAAGAAGAACUCAAUUUUGACAAUCCCUUAGGAAUGAGAGGUGAAAUAGCUAAAUCUUACGCUGAAUUGAUCAAACAAAUGUGGUCUGGAAAAUUUAGCUAUGUCACGCCAAGAGCCUUUAAGACGCAAGUAGGACGUUUUGCACCUCAGUUCUCUGGAUACCAGCAGCAGGACUGUCAAGAGCUAUUAGCUUUCCUAUUAGAUGGACUGCAUGAGGAUUUGAAUCGAAUUAGGAAAAAACCAUAUAUACAGUUAAAAGAUGCUGAUGGAAGGCCAGAUAAGAUAGUUGCUGAAGAAGCCUGGGAAAACCAUUUAAAAAGAAAUGAUUCUAUCAUAGUAGAUAUAUUUCACGGCCUUUUCAAAUCAACUUUAGUUUGUCCUGAAUGUGCUAAGAUUUCAGUAACAUUUGAUCCUUUUUGUUACUUGACACUUCCAUUGCCCAUGAAAAAAGAACGUACUUUGGAAGUUUAUUUGGUUAGAAUGGAUCCACUUACCAAACCUAUGCAGUACAAAGUGGUUGUCCCCAAAAUUGGAAACAUACUUGAUCUUUGUACAGCAUUGUCUGCUUUGUCAGGAGUACCUGCAGAUAAGAUGAUAGUUACUGAUAUAUACAAUCAUAGAUUUCACAGAAUAUUCGCUAUGGAUGAAAACCUUAGUAGUAUUAUGGAACGGGAUGAUAUUUAUGUGUUUGAAAUUAAUAUCAAUAGGACAGAAGAUACAGAGCAUGUGAUUAUUCCUGUUUGCCUAAGAGAAAAAUUUAGACACUCAAGUUAUACCCACCAUACUGGUUCCUCACUUUUUGGUCAGCCUUUUCUUAUGGCUGUACCACGAAACAACACUGAAGAUAAACUCUAUAAUCUCCUGCUUUUGAGAAUGUGCCGAUAUGUCAAAAUAUCUACUGAAACCGAAGAAACCGAAGGAUCCCUACACUGCUGUAAGGACCAAAAUAUUAAUGGGAACGGCCCAAAUGGCAUACAUGAAGAAGGCUCACCAAGUGAGAUGGAAACAGAUGAACCAGAUGAUGAAUCCAGCCAGGAUCAAGAACUUCCCUCCGAGAAUGAAAACAGUCAGUCUGAAGAUUCAGUUGGAGGAGAUAAUGAUUCUGAAAAUGGAUUAUGUACUGAGGAAACUUGUAAAAGUCAACUCACGGGACACAAAAAAAGACUAUUUACAUUCCAGUUCAACAAUUUAGGCAAUACUGAUAUCAACUACAUCAAAGAUGACACCAGGCAUAUAAGAUUUGACGAGAGGCAGCUUAGACUAGAUGAAAGAUCUUUUCUUGCUUUGGAUUGGGAUCCUGAUUUGAAAAAAAGAUAUUUUGAUGAAAAUGCCGCUGAGGAUUUUGAAAAACAUGAAAGUGUGGAAUAUAAACCUCCUAAAAAACCCUUUGUGAAAUUAAAAGAUUGCAUUGAGCUUUUUACAACAAAAGAAAAGCUAGGUGCUGAAGAUCCCUGGUAUUGUCCAAAUUGUAAAGAACAUCAGCAAGCCACAAAGAAAUUGGAUUUAUGGUCCCUGCCUCCAGUACUUGUGGUACAUCUCAAACGAUUUUCUUACAGUCGAUACAUGAGAGACAAAUUGGAUACAUUAGUUGAUUUUCCCAUCAAUGACCUGGAUAUGUCAGAAUUCCUAAUUAAUCCAAAUGCAGGUCCUUGCCGCUAUAAUUUGAUUGCUGUUUCAAACCACUAUGGAGGGAUGGGAGGAGGACACUAUACUGCUUUCGCAAAAAAUAAAGAUGAUGGAAAAUGGUACUACUUUGAUGACAGUAGUGUCUCAACUGCAUCUGAAGACCAGAUUGUGUCUAAAGCAGCAUAUGUACUGUUCUACCAGAGACAAGACACUUUCAGUGGAACUGGCUUUUUUCCUCUUGACCGAGAAACUAAAGGUGCUUCAGCUGCCACAGGCAUCCCGUUAGAAAGUGAUGAAGAUAGCAAUGAUAAUGACAAUGAUAUAGAAAACGAAAACUGUAUGCACACUAACUAAUGAAAGUCCUAGAAGCCAUAAAAGAGAGACUUUCCUGCUGGUGGUAUGGAUGAUGAGGUUACCCACCACAUUAAACAAAAGUCUGAGAUGGGGAGUUUCAGAUAACCGAAUGUAAAUCCUUUAUCAGAUUUUAACUUGUGCAGUACUUGAAGUGAAACACAAUGAAAACUUUAACAGAAAUUGUCUCUUAAUACAUUUACAGUCUUGUAAUUACAAGCUAAAUAUAUAUAGGAAAUCACAAAUAAAUCCCUUUUAAGUUUGCUGCUGUUUUGAUGAAUUAUGUUUUCUUUAAUUUUUUGGAUGUGAGUUAAUUGAUGACAGAUGUUAAAUUUGUGGAUGUUGGUCAUUUAUUUUGCUCUAAUAAUACUGCAAGAAAACUAUGGCUGAACUUAGUUUUUGGAUAAUCUAGUUCAUGUGCAUUAGGCUGCCACAUAUAUUACUAUGAUAUUUAGCUGCGGUAUCAAUGUGGCAUAAAUACUGCAGUAGUAUUCUUGGAAAACCAAAUUUUCAAAUCUGUCCCUGGUAAUCAACAUGGGCCUAUUGAAAAAACAAAUCAUGAUACAGGAAACAAUCUUGGAAAAGUUCUUUUCUUCUGUAGAAUCAUUAAAAAUCCAGAAUGUUAUGUUCAUAUUACUGCCGCUGUGAAAAACAGGUUCUAGAUUUCACACUCCAUCUAAAAUCAUUUUUCAGUUAAAUGUAAGUAUUUUUUACUGCUAUUGAGAUCUAUUCCUUAAGUAUUCAAAUUUUGUUGACUUGCUUUAAAACGCAUAUCUUUAAUCUGGUGUUGGUCCAAAAUUAAAAUUUUUGCUGUUUUUCUCUACCCCAUUUUUUGGUAAUUUGGCAACCUUUAACCCUUCCAAUUGCUAUAAUACAUAUAAGGACAGACUUAUGGUAUUCUGUGUCCAUAGUAAUAAUUACAUCAAGCUUAGAUGAGAAUUUUUUUUUCAUAUACUGGCCUUUAAAUCAUUAAUGGACAAUUGGCUUUAAAGGUAGGUCUGUUAACUUUCUUUGUGUGUUCCUGAUGGAAUUCACCAUAGCCUUACAGCUUUUCUCAGAAGGUAACUUGUUAUAAGAGAAUUGGCAUUUGCAUGUUCUAGAGUCAGAACCUGUAUAGUAUAUAAAGUAUACAAACCUUGAAUUUGAUUUUUAGUUCACCACAUUCAAGGAUCCAGGAUGCCAAAAAUAUGUGUGAACAUUUGAAACAUUUUUCAUUUGCUGCUUUUUCCCUUUGAUCUAGUUGAAAGAAUGUAUUGUCGAUUGGCAUACAAUACUGCCUUUAAUAGAAAAAUCUAAAUGCUGGGGCACAUUUCACAUAUCGACUACCUGAGAAAUUGCUUUGUGUCCCACUGUUAUUAAAGCAAAAAGUAUAAUGUUCUUCACUUGAACUAAUCAAAUACAAUAGAUUAUAAAUUGUGUAUUGUAAAUAAAAGUUCACUCUGUGAGUGCACAUUUUGGUAAAUUAUUUAUUUAUGUUAGCAUUUAAAAGUAAAAAAGAAAAAAAUGCAUUUGACCAGGAUAAAUGAGGUAUGUUGAUCAUGGCUUUGCUUUAUACCUUGAUAUUAAAGCUGGUUUUUCAUCCUGGUAUUUUAAAAGCUGCUUUGGGUUUGUUUUUUGUUUUUUGUUUUUUUUUCCUUUUUUCUUUUCUUUUCUUUCUUUUCUCCUUUUUUUUUUUAAUGUAAACUAACCUCCUGCAUGACAGAGGUUAAAAUUUUGUCUGCACUUGAGUUCACUUGAGUUUACAUUUGAAAUGUGCAUGUUUAUUUAUACAGAUUUCAAUAAAGUUAUUUAAGGCCUUA